CUGCCAUGACCUGUGAUACUGAGGAUUGAGCCCAGGAUCUCUGCACUGAGUUACAUCCCCUGCCUUUCUUCCCUUCUUACAGAGGCCAAGUCACUAAUGCCCAGGCUGGGUUCAAACUUCAGAUCCUCCUGCCUCAGCCUCCCAAAGUACCGAGAUUUGGGGUGUGUACCCCCAUGCCCAGCUAGGGGAGUGUCUUGAUGGCCCCCUCUCUGACUCCCCGGUGUCUGUCUUGGUCCUCUGCCACCUUCAUAUCUCUGCCUGCCUCUGCCUUCCAUACCUCAGUGUUCAGUGUCAGCCACCAGCAUUCCCACCUAGUGUGGCCCCCCAUCCAGCCUGGACUCCAUCACUGCUCUAGGCCUGGCUCAGGGUGCUGGCCCUUACAGCCUGCAGCCUGCCUCCUCUCUGGGUCUGGGAGGGGGUCCCUGUCUCCCUCUACAUGGGUCCCUGGGUGUCCCCAUGAACCCCUUCACCUUGUUCUGAUGUGGACCCAGAACUUGUGCUCCCUGCCUGUCCGCUGCUGCACUCCCAGCUCUGUCCCCGGACCCCCACAUUGCUCUGCCUGUCCCAGCGGCCAGACCCCCACCCAGCUAGCACAGGGCUCAGCUCAGGCUGCGGGCUGCCUGUGUCUGCCCCUGCAGUGGAGGUGGAGGGAGGGGACGCCAAUGACCUCACCAGCCCCUCUCCGACCACCCCCUCUUCACUUUUCAACUUUUCCAACUUUUCCUGCUGUGCCCUCCUCUGAGCGAGUCGGCGUGAGUCCUGAGAGGCAGCCGGCUCGUCUGAAUGGAAAAGGCAGGAGGGAGGGUGUUUGCCACCUGGUCCUGGUGGUGCUGAGCCUCUGGCCAGAGAGAGCUGCUGCCCGCGGACCGCCUCCUGGUCCCUCGCGAGCAACCCCAGACCCCCGGGCGGAGCUGGACAGCGCAGUCCUCCUGACCCGCUCCCUCCUGGUGGACACGAGGCAGCUGGCCGCACAGCUGAGAGACAAGUUCCCAGUGGACGGGGACCACAGCCUGGACUCCCUUCCCACGCCGGCCAUGAGCGCUGGCGCGCUUGGCGCCCUGCAGCUGCCCGGUGUGCUUACCCGGCUUCGAGCCGACCUGCUGUCCUACCUUCGACAUGUGCAGUGGCUACGCCGGGCGGGCGGCCCUUCACUGAAGACCCUGGAGCCCGAGCUGGGUGCCCUGCAGGCCCGACUGGACCGGCUGCUGCGCCGGCUGCAGCUCCUGAUGUCUGGCCUGGCCUUGCCCCAGGUCCCCCCGGAACCGCCGGCCCCACCCCUGGCACCCCCUGCCUCGGCCUGGGGGGGCAUCCGGGCGGCCCACGCCAUCCUCGGGGGGCUGCACCUCACCCUGGACUGGGCUGUGCGGGGCCUGCUGCUGCUGAAGACCCGGCUGUGACCCAGGACCCAACACCACGGCUGCCCUCCCAAGCCUUGUCUUAUUUAUUUAUUUAUUUCAGUCCUGGGUGCCAUGGUCAGGGGACGCCCCUCCUCAUGCCCUGGUUAGACAGACUCGGGCGAGGGGGCACCUGUGCCUUAUUUAUACUUAUUUAUUUAAGGACCAGAGGGGGAAGCAGGUGACUCUGGUCCCCAGAGGCUCUUAAAGAGCCUCUCCCCGGCUGGGGCGGAGCAUAAUAUUAUUAUUUAUUAAAGGAUUACUUUGUAAGGUGGGGUGGGCUUCGGGUACAGAAUUGUGAGGAAGCCUCCAGAGAGAGGCAGGAAUUGUACUUGUGCUCUACCAGGACCUGUGUGCCGGGGGCCAAGAGCUGGCACCUCACAGGCAGAGGGUUUCAGAAGGUCACCCUGCCAUGGAUGGUACCUGCAGGGACUAAGCAGGGGGCUCAAGGUUGUGGUUCUGGCGCCUUCCCCGAUGUCAAGUGGGAAGGAACCUGGUGUCCAGUGGUGGGAACAGUUCACUAUUGCCAAUCCCCGGAGUCUCCAUGCUGCCAGACCCAGGGGGGGGGGCGAGAAGACAGCCCAGCAUCACAUGCUGUCCUGGUACGGCCAGCAGCAGGCCAAGGCCAGGGGCGUAGCUCAUUACUACAGUGCCUGCCUGGCAAGUGCGAGGUCCUGAGUUCGAAUCCUGGUACCAAAAAAAAAAAAAAAAAACAGGCUGCCCAGCCGCCGUUUCAUCCAGUGCUAUGCAUCCCUUACUACAAAUAUGACUUUUUAAAUCCUGGAGGGAAAGACACCAAGACUUUGCUGGCUGGCUGAGGGCUGAGGCGAGAGGAGGGGUUCAGAGUGACAUAUCAUUUGCACUUGUAUCUUCCAGAAUUUCUACCAUGACUGUAUUUUGCAUGACAUUUAAAAAUAACAAUAAACACUAUUUUUAGAAUGACAAAA